CAAAGUACUAUUUCAAAUGUUUUUUAAUAUUCUUAUACUCACCUACAAAAAAAUAAAAAACUCUUGUUAAAGUGUAACUUACACAUAAUGAAAUUAAACUAAAUUGUCUAUAUAAAUUUUUGUAAUGAAGACAUAUAAAAAAAUUAUUAUUUUUAUAAUAUAUUGGUAUAUAUGUUCUGUUCGGAAAUUUCGGUAUGGGAAGCUACCUCGUACUGUUCUCAAAUACCGGACCGACCGUUCGGUUCGGAAGCCCAAAGGGAAGGAGAUCGGGCGGGAAUGGGUUGGUGGCGGUGGCAAUAGACAGAGACAAAUCCAGCCAAUAUGCCAUCAAAUGGACGACGGAGAAUCUGGUGUCCAGGGGCCAAACCGUCAUCCUCAUCCACGUCGUCAACCAUGCCGCCGCCGCCACUAACAAGCACCACCACCAUUUAGAUAAACACGCCAAAGAUUUGUUCCUCACUUUCCAUUGUUUCUGCACCCGUAAGGAUAUACAUUGCAUAGACAUCGUGGUGGAAGACACCAAUAUAGGCAAGGCGUUGGCGGAGUAUGUCUCCAAAGCCGCCAUUGAGAAUCUGGUGCUCGGUGCUUCCCGCCACAGCUUUCUCAAGAGACUGAAGGUGACGGAUAUCCCGACUACCGCUUCAAAGGCGGCGCCGGAUUUCUGCACCGUUUACGUGAUUUCCAAGUCCAAAAUCUCUUCCGUCAGAAACGCAUCUCGUCCCGCCCCUUUCGCUUCCCCUCUCUACAACCAGAUCCUUCAGAUCCAGGACAGCAAUCCCGUUCUUCCCGACAUUCGCCCCAGAAACAGUCUCAGAGGAUUCGAUGAGAAACAUCUGAGAUCUUUCAAGUUAGAUGACAGUGGAUCGGUUAGGUCAUCGUUUGAGCGAGGGAGAGGUAUUCCGAGGAGGGCGUUUGGGGAGGAGCCAGAUACGGAUCUAUCAUUUGUGAGCUCCGGCAGGCCGAGCAGCGAUCGGAUUUCGUCUGUGUUUAAUGAUGCCGUGGAUCCUGGCCGGAUCUCUCACGUUUCGUCCAGCUCUGAUGGAAGCUAUGGCUCCGGCCGUCUCGGAAGAGGAAAUGAUCCCUCUUCUUUCACUGAUUUCUCUUCGUCCUCACUUGAAAACGACGAUGUGGAAGCUGAGAUGAGGAGGCUGAAACUCGAGUUGCAGAAGACCAUGGAUUUGUAUAGCACUGCUUGCAAAGAGGCACUAACUGCUCAGCAAAAGGCAGCAGAACUCCAGCGGUGGAGGGUGGAAGAGGAAAGAAAGCUCGAGGAGGCUAGACUCAUUGAGGAAGCAGAAGAAGCAUCAAAAAUGGCUGCACACAUUGAAAAAUCUAAAUCUAGUCUGUCACCAAGGAGCAAAAGAGCUGAGGGUGAAAAUGAAGACGGCGAGAAUAGGAUGGUGAUGCCUUUAAGGUAUAGAAGGUAUAGUAUUGAUGACAUUGAAGAAGCAACAGAGUACUUCUCAGAGUCUCGGAAGAUUGGGGAAGGAGGGUAUGGCCCUGUGUUUAAAUGUUACCUUGAUCAUACUGUGGUAGCUGUAAAGGUUCUACGCCCUGAUGCAGCCCAAGGAAGAGCACAGUUUCAACAAGAGGUUGAGGUGCUGAGUUGCAUGAGACAUCCAAACAUGGUCCUACUUCUUGGAGCCUGCCCAGAAUACGGAUGUCUGGUGUACGAAUACAUGGCUAAUGGAAGCUUAGAAGACCGACUAAUGAGGCGAGGCAACAGACCAGCACUGUCAUGGCAAGUCAGGUUUAGGAUAGCUGCAGAGAUUGGCACUGGACUAUUGUUUCUCCACCAAACCAAACCCGAACCCAUAGUCCACCGCGACCUCAAACCGGCUAACAUCCUGUUGGAUCAGUACUAUGUCAGCAAGAUUGGUGAUGUCGGGUUGUCAAGACUGGUCCCACCCUCUGUGGCCGAAGGCGUGACACAAUUGCGAAUGACAUCAGCAGCUGGAACAUUUUGCUACAUUGAUCCUGAAUACCAACAGACAGGAAUGCUUGGGGUGAAGUCGGAUGUUUACUCCUUUGGGAUUGUGCUUCUCCAGCUGUUGACAGGUAAGCCGGCAAUGGGAAUAUCUCAUGUGGUUGGACGCGCCAUUGAGAAUGGAACAUUCUCCGAAAUGUUGGAUCCUGUUGUGGUUGAUUGGCCGUUUGAAGAGGCGCUGGUGAUGGCCAAAUUGGCUCUCCAAUGUGCAGAGCUCAGGAGAAAGGACAGACCGGAUUUGGGGAAAGAGGUCAUGCCAGAGCUUCGUAGGUUGAGAGAAUUAGCAGAUGAGAGUAUAAGCCAGUUCUUGCUUAAUGGCUGUGCAGUGUCGUCUCCCAGUCACAGUCAAGCCUCUAUGACACAAGAAGUAUUGAGCAAUUCACAAGUACACUCAGAAAUGAACAAUCCAAUUAGUAUAUCAAACUCAUCAAUGUCAACAGAUUAUCAAUCAGGGCCAGCUCAAUGAUUCAAAUCCAGCACAUACAUCUCAGAUACUCAUAUCCACUUUAUUGCUUCUAUUUUGUAUUGUAUUGUACAGAAGUGACCUGAAGAUGGCCAAGCUAGAAUAGCAUUGACCAUUUGACAAAAUAUUUUUCUGAAAAAUGAUGAUCUGAGUAGAUUAUAGACACUUCUGCAAUAGUAGAGGAGGAAAUAUAACACUAACUUUUCA